AAAUUAGGUAAUAUUUCUUGCGAUUCUCUGAAUACCUUUGUUCGUUUCAUUUUCAUAAAAUUUGUGAAUAUUAUUUUCUUUUUGUUAGAAAGAGUACUUCUACGGUUGCAUCACAGGGGAAUUGUUAUGUAAUGUAGUUGUAUUUGUUCGAUUUCCCUAUUCGUCCUUUUUUGUCCUCGUGAUCAAAUCGUUAUCAUGAAUAUCUGCGUAUCUUGAUAGACAGCUUUAUUUAUUUGCUGUUAGUACUUUGACAGUCAAUCCAGCUUGCUCUGUUUGUCGAAAGUGAUUGUUAUUGGAGAAACUCCCGAAAAUGUGGUGGUCUGUUACGCUGCUUCCCGCGGCCUUGUUUUUUGUGCCAUGUAUUUUUGCCGUGUUAGAUACUCAACCAGAACAGGUCCAUAUAUCGUUAGGAAAAAAUCCGACGGAAAUGAUAGUAACAUGGACCACUUUUGAUCCGACAAAUACAUCAACUGUGGAAUAUGGCAAAGUCAAAUUAAAUCAACGAAAAACUGGUUAUAUGACAAAAUUUGUCGACGGUGGAUCCAGCGCUCGGGUUUUGUACAUACACAGAGUUCUACUGACUGAUUUAGUGCCUGGAACUGAAUAUGUCUAUCACUGUGGUAGCACUGAUGGUUGGAGUGCCAUAUACUGGUUCACCACAAUAAAAAAUGGUACUGAUUGGAGCCCAAGACUUGUUGUUUAUGGUGAUCUGGGUAAUUAUAAUGCUCAGUCUUUGCCACGCAUACAAGAAGAAGUUCAGAAAGGUAUGUAUGAUGCAUUGUUACAUGUUGGAGACAUGGCUUAUAAUUUAGACUCUGAAAAUGCACAAAUUGGUGAUGAAUUCAUGCGACAGAUCGAACCUAUUGCUGCAUACCUGCCAUACCAAGUAUGUGUCGGUAAUCAUGAAGAGGCUUACAACUUCUCUAAUUACGUAAAUCGAUUCAGCAUGAUGAAUCAAGAAGGAAAUAUAAAUAACUUUUUCUACAGUUUUGAUAUUGGACCAGCGCACAUCAUUGCUUUUUCGACCGAAUUUUAUUUCUAUGUAUGGUAUGGAUGGACUCAAAUAGCUCAUCAGUACGAAUGGCUGGAAAAUGAUCUGAAAAAGGCUACUCUUCCUGAAAACAGAGCCAAACGACCAUGGAUCAUAACAAUGGGGCAUCGACCUAUGUACUGCAGCACUGAUGAUACAGAUGAUUGUAAAUUACAUGAAAGUAUUAUUAGGAAAGGCCUGCCUCUUCUCCAUGCAUAUGGUUUGGAAGAUCUGUUUUAUAAGUAUGGAGUUGAUCUAGAAUUGUGGGCUCAUGAGCAUCUUUAUGAAAGGAUGUGGCCAUUAUAUGAUUAUAAAGUCUAUAAUGGUAGUUAUGAUGAACCUUAUACUAAUCCUAAAGCUCCCGUUCAUAUUAUCACUGGUUCAGCUGGCUGUCAAGAAAGACUUGACCCAUUCGUGAAGAAACCAGCAGAAUGGAGUGCUGCAAGGUUUUCUGAUUAUGGUUAUACUCGUUUGAUGAUCAUAAAUAAUACACAUUUGUACAUGGAGCAAGUAUCAGAUGAUCAGAAUGGCAAAAUUCUUGAUAAAAUGAUGCUUAUCAAAGAGAAACAUGGCCCAGAAGCAUGGCUAUGAUUUUAACUGUUAAACUUUAAUAUUAUCUUAGAUGUUUACUUCUUUUUAUUAUUUUAAUUCAUGACAUAAUGUGAUAUAUUUUAUUCUGUGACCACAACUCUUCUUUUACAUGUCAAUGUUAUGGUAAAUACUGAUAAGUUUUGUUUAUACUUAAAUGCUUAUGUUACUAGGUCACUUUUAUUAACCAGUCUUGAUAUGUUCCUUUUUUAUGUUUGUGUAUGUUUUUAGUUUCUUUGUUGUCAUAUCUCAAUUUAUUGUAAAUCAGUUUUUGUCUAUUAAAGAUAUUUAUAUAUGCUGA